AUGAAAACUUGGAACAGUGGUAAAAAAUUCCGACUGAAUGACUUUGAAAUCGGUCGACCAUUAGGAAAGGGCAAGUUUGGCAACGUUUAUUUAGCUCGCUUGAAGGGAAGCAAUUUUAUUGUCGCUCUAAAAAUUAUAUUCAAAUCACAACUUUUGCGGAACAAUAUGCAGCGUCAGUUGCUGCGUGAAAUUGAAAUUCAAGCCCAUUUACGACAUCCUCACAUUCUCCGUAUGUACAAUUACUUCUGUGACAAGAAACGUAUCUUCUUAAUUCUGGAAUAUGCGGAAGGUGGUGAGUUAUACAAAGAACUACAAAGAUCGCGUCAUUUCAGUGAAGAACGUACAGCUAAAUUAAUAUUUCAAAUGGCAGAUGCACUAUCUUAUUGCCACAAUAAAAAUGUUAUACAUCGGGAUAUCAAACCUGAAAAUCUUCUUCUUGGCAGUGUUGGAGAAUUAAAAAUUGCCGACUUCGGGUGGAGUGUCCACGCUCGCUCUAGGCGAGAAACAAUGUGUGGCACGCUCGAUUAUUUGCCCCCGGAAAUGGUCAGUGGAGAGCAGCAUGACGAAAAAGUUGAUCUAUGGUCCUUAGGUGUCCUUUGCUAUGAGUUACUUACUGGAAAGCCGCCAUUUGAAAGUCCAACCCAUAAUGAGACCUAUAAGUUGAUUAUGAGUGUGAAAUAUAAAUUUCCGUCUCACAUUUCAGAAGAAGCUAAAGAUUUGAUAAGAAAAUUAUUGGUAAGGGCUCCAAGUGAUCGGAUUUCUCUAGAAGAGGUAAUGCGACAUCCGUGGUUACGCCGGUAUGUUAAAAAAAGCUGA